GGCUCUUCUGUUAUGGGAGGUGACUCUCGUAGUGGGCUUUAGUUCGAGUUUCUUAUGCCGAUUAUACUCAUGUCAAAUUCUGCUGUCGUGGAAAGGGAAGAGACAAAGGGUCCCACAAAGGGAGCUCUUUUCCAGCGGGUGUGGAAAGUUUGUACAGGUAGACAGCGGGAGGAGGGGAUGGGAUCAUGGGACUAGACGAGAUGGAGCAAGGACUGUGCGUAGAGUUAUGUCGAUCGCCCUGGUUUGAAGUAGUGGUUUGAUACACGGUGAAGGAGAAGUGACGAUGUAGAGCUAAACAUUGUCAAAAUUCGCUACAGAAAAUGGGUGCGAUGACAGGAAGAGUCUAUGUCAGAGCGGAAUUAGCCGAUUGUUCGAGGAGGGGUCGCGUCGUCAUCGUCCCUCUUCAGCUACUGCAAUUGCUGAUUCUUUUGCAAUUGGUUCUUUCUGCGGUUGCUGACGGAAUCUGUGGGCUGGAUGUGGACAAAGAAGGGUGUCAAUGGGAGCAGCAGACGUCCAAGCUCCUCAUUACUGGAGGAAUUGUAGUCAAUGCAGACCGUCAACAGCAAGCCGACGUGUACAUUGAGGACGGCCUCAUCAGGCUUGUUGCCCAGAACAUUAAGGUUUCGGAUGAUGUGAGAAUUAUCGAUGCCACGGGUAAAUUCGUCAUGCCAGGUGGCAUUGAUCCCCAUACUCACAUGGAGAUGCCUUUUAUGGGCACACAAACGUCAGACGAUUUUUUCACUGGCCAAGCCGCAGCUUUGGCAGGGGGCACAACCAUGCAUAUAGACUUUGCCCUGCCUAUAGACGGUGAUAUUGCUGCUGGAUAUGAAAGCUAUGUCAAGAAAGCUGAAAAGUCAUGUAUGGACUACAGCUUCCACAUGGCUGUCACAACCUGGAACGAUAACGUUGCGAAGGACAUGGAGAACCUUGUGAAAGAGAAAGGAAUCAACUCUUUCAAAUUCUUUCUGGCUUACAAAGGUUCCCUUAUGGUCACGGAUGAGCAGUUUCUGCAAGGAUUACGGAAGUGUAAGGAGUUGGGAGCGCUUGCUCAAGUUCAUGCUGAAAAUGGGGAUGCUGUUGCUGAAGGCCAAGCUAGAAUCUUUGCUCAGGGCAUUACAGGUCCCGAAGGGCAUGCACUGUCUAGACCAUCUUUGCUCGAAGGAGAAGCAACAGGCAGAGCUAUAAAACUAGCACAGUUUGUGAACACCCCUCUCUAUGUCGUACAUGUCAUGAGCACUGAUGCUCUUGAUGAAAUAUCUCGAGCUCGAGCUGCAGGAGUGCGCGUCGUUGGAGAACCUGUCGCGUCAGGCUUGGCCUUAAACGACUCUGUUCUAUGGGAUCCUGACUUUAUGACAGCUUCAAAGUACGUAAUGAGUCCACCUAUAAGACCUGCAGGACAUGGCGAGGCUCUACAAGCAGCACUGGCAAAUGGAGUAUUACAGUUAGUGGGCACAGAUCAUUGUGCUUUUAAUUCCAAACAGAAGGCAGCUGGGAAGAGUGACUUCCGCCUGAUACCCAACGGUGUGAAUGGCAUUGAAGAGCGAAUGCACAUUGUCUGGGAUCUCAUGGUGAACUCUGGAAGAGUGUCUGUCAUGGAUUAUGUCCGGAUAACGAGCACUGCUUGUGCACAGAUAUUCAACAUUUAUCCACAAAAAGGAGCAAUUUUACCAGGCUCUGAUGCUGAUAUCAUCAUUAUGAAUCCAAAAGGAAACACGAGAAUUAGUGCCGAGACCCAUCACUCAACUAUCGACACCAACAUAUAUGAGGGCUGGAGCAUGAAGGGCAACAUUGAGACGACUAUAAGUCAAGGAAAGGUUGUAUGGGAUAAAGGCCAUCUCAAUGUGGAAAGAGGUGUUGGCAGAUACAUUCCUCUGCCUCCUUUUGGUCCUCUCUUCGAUGGCCUGGAUAAAUUGGAUUCUGCUCAGCUGAAAGCAUUCAGAGCCCCAGUUCAAAGGGCCGUAGAGUAGAACAAUGUCAGUGGACAUCCUGUAUGUUUUGUAAAGCAGGAGUAGGAAAGAAAAGGGUUCAGGUUCACGGAAAGGCAAGCUGAAAUGAGAUUUUGUCAGUUCCUUGAAAUCUUCCAAGAAUCCAGCCAUGUACAUUCGUUGUUGACCUCUUCGACGCCGUUGAUCUUUUUCUCCACAAUUAUCGUUUGGGAGAUCUAGGAUCUUUGUGUAGCUUUGACACCUCUGUUGAUAUAUCCCUCCUUGAUACUCCUCGUGCUUUGCACUUCUGUACAUUGUACAAAAUAAUAUUGUAGUGGUCUUCAAGCACUAUAUUACAGUUGAUGCUACUGCAGUUUCACGAAAUUACUCGCACGGUUCUAGAUAGACCGUGAUGAAACUGUCCAAACUGGCUCUGCUGGAGGCACGAACUUCCAGCAGAAAGUUCUUUAGAGAAACAUGAAAGGGUUUCGUUUGUCCUCAAGAUUUAAUAUUUUACAUGAGAAGAAAAUGUCGAUACAAACAAGAGAUUUGC